GUACUGUGCGGUCCCCUUCAGCGAGAACGGCAAGGCCGGAUGGUUCUGGAUAGACCUGUUGGCCACAGGCCCUGGUUGGCUCGUCUUUAUUAUGCGCGAGGUUGCCUCUGAAGGGGGAACUGGCCAUCAUCACGCGUACCAUAAGGUCGCCACCUUGCUCAGGGUCCUGAGACUGUUGAGGAUGCUGCGCCUGAGCCGCAUG